GAUAUACAGUCAUACUAGUCAUACCAUUGUAUUCUAAAACAUUCUCAUAGACUAUAGAGCACUGACUACGGACUACAACAGUUACUUACAGACUACAGUUACAAAUUUACAAUAUACUAAUCUAUGAGUUACACUGUUGCAGACGUCCAGUAAAGUUGUUGUCUUGAACUCUUUUAUAGUUGUAUUGUAGACUGUAGUCAACACAGUCGUUGUAUAAUUUUUUCGUGUCUAGUUUUUCCAUUCUUCUACAUUUUUUUUACUUUUCUCUGUAAAGCCACACCGACGUCAUGUCACUGUAUCCUUCUUUGGAAGAUUUAAAAUUGGACGAAUUUAUUAAGACUCAAAAUCAAAUUGCCCAACAAAAUGAAAAUCCACCUCCAUUUAUGGCUAUUUGUCCACCGCAUCCAUCGGGUAUGGACCAAGAAUCACUUGGUGCCAUGUAUCCAAUACUCAAUGAUUAUUUGGGAUUAGAGCUUAGUAUUUUAGCACAAAAUAAUAGCAUUGACAUUCCUUCCCAGAAAAGUCCAGAAAAAAAUAACGCUGUAGCGAUUCCUUUCCAGAAUAAUCUAGCGCAUGUGACAAAUGGUGUUCGUAAGUUGGUGUUAUGUAAAGAUGGGAAAGGCCAAAUAGGAUUAAAAAUGUCCACAUUUAACAAUGGUAUAUUUGUUAGUGUUGUAGUACAAGACAGUCCUGCUGCUAAGGCUGGUUUAAGAUUUGGUGAUCAAAUACUACAAAUAAAUGAAGUUUUUGUUGCGGGAAUGAGUGUUGAUAAAGUCAACAAAAUUUUUAAAGAAUGUUCAGUAAAUAAUAUUUGUGUUAUUGUCAGAGACAGGCCUUUGGAACGUACAAUAAAUCUGUACAAAGACCGUACUGGCCAGAUUGGAUUUCAAUUCAAAAAUGGUAAGAUUAACAAUAUUGUCAAAGAUUCAUCGGCAGCUCGUAAUGGAGUCCUCACAGAUCAUCAGUUAUUGGAAAUCAAUGGACAAAAUGUUAUUGGUAUGAAAGACAAACAAAUAGUGGACAUUAUUGCUAAUGCUGCAGACUCGAUUAGCAUAACUAUCAUUCCAGUAUCAAUUUAUGAACACAUGAUCAAAAAAAUUGCUCCAUCAUUGAUCAAGAACAUAAUGGAUCAUUCAUCAAUUUAAUAACAAAGAAGAAAUUUACUCAUUUGUUGAAGUCAUAUUUAAAGUUUAUUAUUUACUUAACAUAGUUUCAUUUUCAUUUGUGAUUUAUCUUUGCAUGGAAAGGUCAUCCAUUAGUUAAUAUUAUCUAGUUUUUUUUAUACAAAUGGGCAAGAUAUAAAAAUUAUACUUACUACUUAAAUUCAACUAUAAUUCCUAUA